AUGAAGAAUUUGACGGUUCCUGUUGUUUUUGAGGUGGAGUUGGAUCCUGGACGUAAAGGAGUGGUUCCCCGAUUAAUGGGUUCCAUAAACGAGCUGGGAUUUUGGGACACCGAAUACGGCGUGGACGCCAGGAGGAUUGCCAAGGACUCACCAAUAUGGAAAGUGAAGGUACAUAUGCCUCAGAGGUCCUUUUUCUAUUUCAACUGGGUCCUGAUGAAAAAACGAGAAGUAGUUGAAGAAGAUCAGUACCGUCAAGCUGAUAUUGGUGUUUUUGGUGGCCUCAUGAAGACCAAAUACGGAGAAGGAUCGGGAGAAUUCAUCAUGGAUGGUGGAUGUAAAGUUUCUGUAGCGACUCAUUACCACUUGAGUUACAAUGAAUCACUCGCUGUUGUUGGUUCGGGAGAUUUUCUGGGCAACUGGGAAAGUUCCGGUACUUCUAAAUGUUUCAGUAUGAACGAUGUUUGGAGUACGAAAUUUGAAAUGAAGCACGAGACGACUGAAGAGUUCAAGCUGGUGAUUUUGGACAGGGAGAGCGGUCAGAUCAAAAGAUGGCAGGACGGUGAAAACCGGGUGAUAAAGAUAGAAGAGGGGUUGAAUUCUAAAAGUGUGUAUGUCCCCUGGGGUGGAAGAUAUCUACAAGAAGGAAUAAUAAUACCUAUUAUUACCAUAGUCGAAUGUUUCGACAACCGAACAACAGUUGGAGAGUUAUCUCUCAUCUCUUCACCUCCAAACUUAUCCAGAGCAGCCUUCAAGUUAUUUUUAACCAAUGGCGAGUUAGAUGAUGAUAUUUCUAAAGACCUAGAACUGACUCUUGCUCAAAAUCCUACAUUUAAAGAUGCGAUGGCUUUACUUUGUAAUGAUGAUAACAUCAACGAAGCCGAAAAGACAUUAACCAAAACUUCAUCUGCUCUUGAUAUCCAGAUGUUGAUCGGUGACGGAGACGGUGUUGGCCAUGUACAAGAGAAAGCCAAAAGGCAAGCUUGCCACGACUUAGGCUUACCAGACCUUAUUCAAGACCUGGACUUUAUCAAAGAGACAAUUGAUUCUGAGGGAACUCAAACCAUCUUCAAAACAGUCGAGUCACCAAGAUCAAAAGAUGUUCUCGACUUGAAGCAGUUGCCAUUCUUUGCUGUAGAUGAACUCGCAGAGGAAAUAAAUAAUGGUGGACAGAAAUCAACUACUUUGGAAUCAGCUGUGUUAAUCGAAGCUUCGAGUCCAAAUGAAGUCUUCGAUACCAGCUUGAAGCAACUGCCAUUCUUUGCUGUAAACGAACUUCCAGAAGAAGCCAACAGUUCAAACGAGCCACCAUUUUUCAAUGGAAUAAAGGCAACUGAUACUUAUGAGAAGCAAAUUGAGUUCGAAAUUGCAGUGUCAUCCGGAGUUUACAUCGACAACAUCUUAAAUACCUUAAUGCAAUUACAAGUUAGCUCUGCAGAGGGAGUCCAAGAGUCAACCAGUUAUGAACAGAAGAAUGCUACCUCCUUCGAAACUGCUUCAUCAUUAGAAGCUUCAAGUCCUGGAGAAGCCACCAAUGACAAUUUGAUGCAGCUAGAACUUUUCGCAGCAGACGAACUUUCAGAAUCGACCGACAAUGUCAAAGAAAAACCAACUUUCGGCGAAACAGCUUUGUCGUCUGAAACCUACAGUCCAAGAGAUGAAAUCAACGCCAUUUUGAAACCCUUCAAAAUUGCUUUGUCAUCAGAAGAAAAAUGGUCAAAACCCAGAAGAGCUGCUUUCAAGAUGUUUAACUUUGUCAACGACUACUGCUAUCGAUUGGUGUUUUAA